GCCUUAUCCCCAGUGGCUGGAGAGACUGAUUUACCUGCUCAAGUGAUGUUGAGGAGUAAAUCCUGUGAUUAUCUGGCACAGUAGUUCUGGGUAUUAAUAAUUUACAGUUUAUGUUACCAGGAUUAUUUAAUGGAAUUUCUAGAAGGCACAUGCAUAGUAAAUAUUUUUGGUUUUUUCUUUGUUUUAGGAUGGAGGAGAGACCGGUCUGAAAAUCUGUUCCAUCGUGGACUUUGCUGUGGUCUGCUAGAAUGUUCCUUAUGGAUGCUCCUCCUCUGGUAGCUCUUCAGACAAAAUGGGAUUCCUUUGGACCAGCAAGGAAUUGUAGAUACCCCGUUUGCUUCCCUGAAUCCGACGGCAACGUCACCAGAACCUCCGUGAGCGCCAAAGUGCAGAUGAUCAUAAACAACCUGCAAAGCCAAGAGCCUGCCCUGGGUAUGAACCAUGAGUGUGGCUGUGUUGUGCAGAAGAAACAGAAGGGAGAAAAGGGCACCAGUACCAGAGUCACAUCCAGCACCACGCUGCUGCGGAAGCAUCCUCAGUACAGCCAGAGUGGGUGCCCUGAGGAUUCUGAUGACAGUGAAGUGGAAGAGAAUGUUCAAUUUGGGACUCUCCUGCUGGAUUCUGACAGCGAUGAUUCUGUGGACCGAGGUAUAGAGGAAGCCAUCCAAGAGUACUUGAAAACAAAAAGCAAAAGUGCCCAGUCCUUGCCAAGGAAUGCAGAGCGUUCUGAGAAUGUGAGCAGAGACAAAAGGUUUAAGAGAGAAUUCUCCCAGAACAAAGUGGCAAGUAACCUCCUCCCUGUGAAAUUUAAAGCUGAGAUGCUCUCUGAAGAGUACCUGUCUGACCACCUGGGAAUUGGGAAAAGGCUCCAGCCUGCUUCUCCUCAGAGCAUCAGCAGCGAUGACUCCUUUGAACAGAGCAUACAAGCUGAAAUAGUGCAGUUCUUGAAUGAGAAAAAGCAGCAAGAAAUUAGUAAAUGUGUUACUGAGGAGGAUAAAAAAGAUUCUCGUGUGAGAUCUGUCCUGAAAUGCAACAAAGAAGCAACGAACAGAGCAAACUGUGGUGCUAUAAAGCAAGAUUGUAAUGCACUGCUCCUGAGACACCAUCCCAAACUGCAAAAAUCCAGUGCCCAGUCCAAGUGUUUGCAGUCAAAAAUCCAAGCAGAGCCCAGUGAUUUCAGCCAGGUGAACCAAGCAUAUCUAGAAAUGGCCACUGCCAGCCAGCCCUGGCUCGUGGAGCAGAAUGAGGGAAGUGGAGCUCAUUACUGGGAGCCAAGGGAAGCACUUACCAAGGAGAGCAUGCACACAUCUGACUCGAGCAGCGAUGAUGGCAUCGAAGAAGCCAUUCAGCUUUACCAGCUGGAGAAAAUCAGGAAAGAGGCAGGUCAUGCAGCAAACUGUGUCCCUUUGCAGAGGGAACAAUUUGAUCCAAAGGGUAUGGCAGACAUUUCUGCCAGCCUGACAAUUAGCUCCACAAAAAGUGCCUCACCAGAAAUCCCUAAAAACCCCAUAAGCAACAAGAGAAAAGAAAUUAAUUCCAAGUCAACGGGAUUAGAAAGCACCAGCAAUGACUUUAAUAAGCUGUUUAAACCACUGAAAAAAGCCAGACAUUUUGCACUUCCAGAAAACAAGAUUGCUGCUUGUGAGCUCACAUUGCAGGCCUCUUGCAGGGCAGACACAUCUGCAGAACUCAUGUGUGCAGAAGCUAUCCUGGAUAUUUCCAAAACAAUCAUGCCAUCCCAAAUGGGAAGUGACAACAAAUCCCUCACUGCAGACUCCUUCUUUUCUCCCCAGCUUCUGUCGUCCUCCCGUUGUGAAAGUGACAGCAGCCUUGUGGACAGUGAUGACAGCAUAGAGCAAGAAAUCAGGGCUUUUUUGGCUCUGAAAGCACAGUCAGAAAACCUUGGAACAAAACCUCCCAGCCUGUCACGCUCCAUCCAGAUGCCUUUGCCUUCUGAUCCAAACAGCCUCACCGGGACCCUUCAGCCUGCUCUGCCCAAAACACUGAAAUUAUCCCUGAGUAGGAAAAGGAGACUUAAAAGGGAAGGCAGAACAGCAAAACAAGGGGGGUCAAAACUACCUGAAGAGCUGGAACCAGGACUUUUCCAGCCAGGUAACUAUUCCAAAUUCCCUGUGCUCCAAGAGGAGCGUGCCCUGAGCAACCCCGCAGAACUCUGGGAUGCUCAGAGUAAUAAAGACCCGAGGCAGCAGCAGCUGAUGUCUCCCAAACUGUCUGGCUCUGAUGGCAGUAGAUGUGUGUCCUUGGACUCUGUAAACCCUUUUCUGCAGGUUCAGAGUAGCACAAGAAAACCUAUAAAAAACCCCAUCCAAACCCCAGAGAGGGAGGGGUCGGGUGAUGAGAGCAGCUCUCUGGACAGUGAUGAGGACCUGGAUAGUGCUAUCAAGGAUCUGCUACGGUCUAAAAGGAAGUUAAAGAAGAAAUCCAAGGACCAGAAAGCUCAGUGUAAGAAGAAAGUCAGAUUCAGUGAGACAGAAACUCAGCUGCUGGAUGAGUUCAGUUGUCUUCAGCAAAAUGAGUGGAAAUGUAAAAAUCCCUCACUGCUAAAAAGCUGCCUCUCAAAACCUAGGAAAGCUGUGAGGGAGAAUGCAGUCAGGAACCCUCCAGACAACAUCAAGCUUCCCAAUGACAAGCCAGAAACCAUGAAAAACCUGGAGUUUAACUUACAGCUUAAAAAAAGCAAUAAACCUAAACCAGUUUCAAACCAGCGGGGGGCUAAAAAUAGAAAAUGUGCUUUCCCAGCUGUGUCAGACGCCAGUGACAGCAGCUCAGUGGACAGCGAUGACAGCAUCGAGCAAGAAAUCAGGAGGUUUUUGGCAGAAAAGGCUAAAGACUCUGCAAGCAAUUCAGAGAUGCAAAAAGGUGAUGCAAGUCCGGACCUAUUUAGAGCAACCAAACAAACUGGUAAUAAAGGAAAAGCAAAGCAGCAGCCGGUGGAAAACGAGAUUGACCUCGUGCUGGGUCAGAGUAAAAAUACUGAGGUAGCUCAGCAAACUGAGGAGGUGAAGAGCUCUCAGAGAGCAGAAGGGAAAAGUGCAAUGUUAGCUGGCAGUGGGAAAUGUGCUUCCUCUGCCGAGAAUGUUCCUACUACUGGUCAGUCAAAAGCUAAACAAGGACUGGGUGGGGUCAAAGGUGGUGCUGCUGGGGAGUUACUUGGGAAUGCAAGAGGUAAAAGGAAUGUCCAUAAACCAGAACCCCCAAAACCCAGCAGAAAUGAAGGGUGUAAAGUGAGAAAAGUCAUGAAUGCAAAGCCCAGAUCUAAAAGGAAGAAUACCUUCCAACUAAAAAUCUCAAGUAAAUUUAUUGCAGGUCUGAAAUACGCGCGGGACAGGAAGAAAUCGAUGCUUUUGAACAAAAAGCAGAAAGCAGAGUGUUUGCUCACCCAGAGCAGUGCCUCGGGAAUGGAGGCAGCUUCCCAGGACACAGAUGUACUUAACCCCUUGCCAAAAGGCGAGUUUAGUGGGGAAAUUACCCCAGCAAUAACAGCAGCCAGUUCUUCUCAGAAACUCACUGUGGGAGGGGCGAGUCCCCAUGUAGCAGAAAGCUGUGCAGGAGCUGAGUGUGUCAGAGAGGCAGCUGAGGGUAGCAGGAAGGCUGAUGCUCCAGGGGAUCAGUCCCACUCCAGCCUCCCCUCUCUGGAACAGAGCAUGGCAGCAGGAAAAGCUGAUAAGGUUUGCAGAGAAACCUCCAGAGCUGAGAAUACCCAGAUGUGGAUCAAGGAAGGAGAUAUCCACCAAGGCAGCUGGGCUGACUCCACUGCGGAUCCCCCACGCCCUGAGUGCAGUGUGGGAAAAGCAGAUAAAGUCAGCAGAGAGGCAGCUCAGCACAGUGCUCAGGUGGGCUGUAAGGGAGGGAAUAACCAGCUGGACAAGAGGCCAGAUGCAAGUUUAGCUUGCCCAAGGCAGGAAUUCAAUGUGACAGCGGCAGCAGCAGUGUAUAAUAGUGGAGGAGCAUGUGCAGAUAACCGUGUGCAGAUGUGCAUUAAGGAAGAAAAAGUUGACAGGCAGGAAGAAAUUCAGGUAUCCAGCUCCAAAAUGGAAGGAAAAAUACCUGUUCUGCAGAACAGGGAAGCUGCUAGUGAAGUACACCAAGGGCAGGAAUUUUUAACCAAAACCUGUGCAAAAUUUACUGAUCUACCUGCAGGGGACUGCCCAGGUUCCCUCUUGGAAAAAAAGGUUUCAAAUAUGAGAAGAAAGGGAAGUUCUAAGAAGCUCCAGGUAUUGUCUAGAGUCUAAUACAAGAAUCACAGCAAAUGAAAGAGGGUUGCUUAUUUCUUUUUAGAUGUUAAAUCUUUGAAAUGUUGAUUUUUCAGGCCCAUUUCUGCUCAGUUUAUUUAUCUGUUCCAAUUUAUUGGUGUGUUUGCAGCAGAGGGGGAUUUACCCAGCUCUUACCACAUGCCACAAGCAGGGAAUAUUUCUGACAUGUGAAGAGUAUCAAUCGCAGUGGGGUUUGGACAUAAUGUUACACUCAUUGUUUAUAUUUUUAGCAAACAGUUUGAAUAAUAUUAUGCUCAUCUUUAAUGUUAUGUUACACCUGUAAGGUGGGACAGUUUCUCAUCCAUCAACAGGCACAGUAGUUUCUCUUAAAAACUCAUUUUUCAGUCAAAAAUGUUCAAUGUUCUUUCAGUGCAGUCACUGUCCAGCUGAUGCAAUUUCUUUGCCUGUACCUACAGUUGUUCCAAUAAAACUUUAAAAUAUU